AUGACCCUAAGGCCGUUGAACGGACUGUUCCGCCUCGCUGUGCAACGUAGUGGCCAAUUCGUGGUGGGCCUCCUCCUUAAUCGCAGCCACCCAAACAAGCGGUCAAAGGCGCAUUUUAAAUGUGUCCGCUGUCAGCACACAUCCCAGGAGGCCGCGGGCUCUCCCACUCCUCAGUGCGCCCCAAAGAUACAGGUACAAUCUGUCGCACUGUCCGACGGUCAGUCGCCCUAUUGCGGCGCUUGUGAUCGAAAAUUCGUGGACGCAACGGCACUCCGACAACAUCUGAACGAUAAAAAGCACGUGAAGCCGAAGAAGAAGGCUCUCAGGAAUUGUGAGAAAUGCAACAAGAGCUUCGCUUCCACGACGGCACUCAGACAGCAUAAGGGGUCAGCAUCCCACAAACCUCUAGCUGAAUUGCGCUGCGUUGCGGAAUCCUGCCGACUCACUUUCAAUACUCCGUCUGCUCUGAUUCACCACUUAGAAAGCGGCCGUUGCCCGUCCGGCUGGUCACGCCAGACCGUCAACACCGUACUACACAGAUAUGACAAAGAUCGGAUUAUAACAACGCCAGUGAUGCUGCUGGACACGUCAUUCACGGGCACAGCCUUGAGCUCAUCAGCGUCAAGUUUCAGCGACAUCGUCUACACUCCCACAGAAGGGAGCGAGAUUGACAGUGAUUGGGAGAUGGAGCGUUCGGUUAUCGCACCGUUACCCCGAGGGGUUGACCGUGGUCCAGUGCCGCACAAGCCCUUGUCCUGCCCCAUUUGCUCUGCAAGCGGCAAGAAGAGAAUGUUCGCUAACCAAACGGCUCUCGAAAUGCAUAUUUCCUCCGCAGCGCACGCGGGAAGGCCUUCACAUGCCCCGUCGCCUUCACAGCCCACGCUACAUCACCUACCGCUCGAGUCAAAUCAUUCACGACCUUAA